AUGGCAAACCCAGAACCUGUAGUGGCAGCAAAGGAGAUGAUCCAAGUGAACCCUGUCUCAAGAAAGCCUCGUAUUCUUCUUGCUGCUAGUGGAAGUGUGGCUGCCAUAAAGUUUGGUAACCUCUGUCACUGUUUUUCAGAUUGGGCAGAUGUAAGAGCAGUUGUCACAAUGGCAUCUUUGCACUUCAUUAAUAAAGCAUCACUGCCCAAGGAUGUAAUUCUUUUCACUGAUGAGGAUGAGUGGUCCAGUUGGAACAAGAUAGGUGAUAGUGUGCUUCACAUUGAACUCCAUAGAUGGGCUGAUAUUAUGGUUAUUGCUCCAUUAUCAGCAAAUACCCUAGGCAAGAUUGCUGGGGGACUUUGUGACAAUUUACUGACCUGCAUUGUCCGAGCAUGGGAUUUCAGCAAGCCAUUCUUUGUUGCACCAGCCAUGAAUACGUUUAUGUGGACCAAUCCUUUCACGCAACUACAUCUCACAGCAAUUGAAGAACUUGGAAUUUCGGUCAUCCAGCCUGUCACAAAGAAGCUAGCUUGUGGGGAUUACGGGAACGGUGCAAUGGCAGAAAUUUCUAUAAUCUGCUCAACUGUAAGACUCUUCUUAGAGUCACGGAAUCAACAAAGUAGUUAAAAUGUUCAGCAAAUAGUAUCAUAACAGAGUUGUGUAACUUCGUAG